AUGCCCAUCUAUAAACGCACUCAGGUAGCUGUGGGCCUGAUGUUCUUCCAACAGUUUGUUGGUAUUAAUGCUCUCAUUUAUUACUCGCCGACCUUGUUCGAAACAAUGGGCCUGGACUACGAGAUGCAACUGACCAUGUCAGGUGUGAUGAAUAUUUGCCAAGUUGUCGCCUGUGUCUGGUCUCUUUGGGGCAUGGACCGCUUCGGCCGCCGCAAGCUUCUUUUGGGUGGCGCGGUGUGCAUGUUCCUGGCGCAUUUUAUCAUUUCCAUUCUAGUCGGAAAAUACAACGGAAAAUGGACUGAACAUACUGCCGCUGGCUGGGCCAGUGCGGCUUUGAUUCUCUUCUUUAUGUUGUCGUUCGGAGCCACCUGGGGUCCUAUCCCGUGGGCAAUGCCUGCGGAAAUCUUCCCUUCUUCGCUUCGUGCCAAAGGAUGCGCUUUUGGCACCAUGUCUAAUUGGGGCAACAACUUCAUAAUUGGGUUGAUUACACCUCCAAUGCUCCAGAACAUUGGUUUUGGUACUUAUGUCUUCUUUUGCUGCUUUAGCGCUCUAUCUGGGAUAUGGGUAUAUUUCCUUGUCCCUGAGACCGCCGGUCGUACUCUGGAGCAGAUGGAUGCUGUGUUCAAAGAUAAGUUCACUGUUGAGGAAGCUGAAAGCCGUGCUGCAAUUCUUUCCAGACUCGUGGAACAGUCUAUGGAACGGCCUGCCACUCAACAGACAUGA